CUCAUUAGCUUUCCCCUUCUUCCAUCUCUCUUCUUUAAGCUGCAGAUGCUCUGAAAUUGCAGUGUCUCCUUCAGCUUGUAUCAGUAUCAUGCAAUCAUUGAACCCAUACUCGACGCUCACGCCGCCAUCAUCGACGUUUCAAGCUCCAAUUGAGCGUCGGACCGAAGUAUAAUCGGAGUGAAAAUCAAUCCCCGGUCGAGCUUUUCCCAGAUACAUCGGGCAAACCAGAUCACUACUCCAACCUUUCUCUGCACUCCGUCCCAGACAUUCCAGCUUCGUGCAUUUCCGGCCGGAGAUUCUGGUCCGACCGGUCGUGUUUGGCGAUGUAAGUUACACGGGUCCAGUUCGGUGGGGGCAGCAUCUGCUUGAAGGGUGAUCUCUGUUGCUCUGAGGAUUGCUGUCAUGGAGAAUCCUCUCUCGCAUGAUGAGGCGAAGAUCGAAGAUCGUAAAAGUGUAGUUCACAAGAUAUACGGCUUACUGUCUGAUGGUAUACAUUUUGCUGCCCCCUUUUCGGAUGCAAGGGCGAAUGAAGCCGAUGUGGUACGAGGUCUCCUGAAGAUGUUGCAAGGCUUCUCCAGUAAUCUAUUUUAUUGGGACCACAGAGCGGGUUGCUUCGGCGUAAAAUCUGGGAUAUACGUUGUGCACCUGUCGAGGACAAGUCUUCAUGCCAUUCUCAGCCAGUUUAGCUAUGCUGCAACAUGUUUACAACUUGUAGAUAUUAUAGUCGGUAAAGUGGAAAUGCCUUCUAGACUACCUCCGCCGACACUGAAAGCAUUUGCAAGCUGCGUAUCUUCAUGGAUAAGAAGAUUGAGGGAUGUUGCUUUAAAGGAGGAAAUGAAGAUGAGCAGCUCAGAUAACAAGACCUUUCCAACCUUGUUGGGAUUGGCUAGUUCUUUAUCAAGUCUCUGUGCAGGUGCUGAAUAUUUACUCGAUAUAGUGCAUGGAGCCAUUCCUCCAUCAUGCCUUGAGGUUUACUCUUCUGUUACUGCUUCUGAAGUGGCAGUUCACAUUCUCGACUAUCUUUACAAGAGACUAGACGAAGCAUGUCUUGUACAAGGUGGUGAGGAGGAAGCUUAUCAGAUGCUCCUUCAUCUGUUUGUUGGAAGUGUGCAACCAUAUAUUCAGGGUCUUGACUCCUGGCUUUAUGAAGGAAUUCUGGAUGAUCCCUUUGAGGAGAUGUUCUUUUAUGCUAAUAAAGCAAUUUCAGUCGAGGAUCCUGAGAUUUGGGAGAAGAGCUAUCUAAUGAGACAAGCACAGCGGUGCAACAAGGAUGCCCAACAGAUAAAUUGGGCUAGUGCAAGGGACCAUGUACCUCUGAAAGGUGACAAGAAAGAAAUAACAGAUAGUAUGUCUGGUAAAAAAGAGGGGAAUGACGGAGACCUUCUCGUGUAUCCUAUAUUUCUUAAGGACAUUGCUAAGUCAGUCAUUUCCGCUGGAAAAUCAUUGCAGCUAAUUCGGCAUGUUUCUCCAACAUCAUCAGCUGUAUCACCUGGAAAAAUUGAUUAUAGUGUCAAGGAUCUAGAAGGUUCAGUUGAGGUCCAUGAACUGUCGGGCUUGACUCUGUCGGAAACAUUUUGCACCUCAGUUGCAGGUCUUAUUGGCCAUGGCGGGCACGUGGAGAGAUUCUUUUGGCAAGAAGACUCAUGUAAAUCCAAGACGAAUUCUUCCUUUUUGUCCGGUGACAACCAAUUAGAAGUAGAGAAGAAGGAUAAGGAAAGUUUGCUCGCUCCAUUAUGCUCAGAGAAGAUAUGGGAUACCUUCUUUACUGACGCUUAUGGUCGAAACAGAGAGAUUGCUUCUGAAUAUGGGAAUUCGAGCAAAUCUGUUCAUGCUGAAGAAGUGAUUCUGGCCUCAGAAACUGAGGGAGAAACACUUACUUCGAUAACCUUCUAUCCUGAGAAUCCAGUGAUUACUCUGUGUCAUCCAAUUCUUAAUAAAAAUACCUGUGCCUGGAAAUCGUUGAACAUAUCCAAGAGUUUCUGUCUUCCUCCUUUAAAUGAUGAGGAUAUAUGGAAGGCUAUCUUUGGUGAAGAGAGUGGACCAGUUUCUAGACUUAAAGGGACAGAUUUUGCCCUUGGGUUUCAGUUUGGUGGCCAUGAAUAUCUGCAUGCAAAGGAGGAUGACACGAACAUGUUAGAAGGCUUGUUUCCAUUUCCUACUCUUCUUCCUUCUGUUCAGGAGGGUCUUCCUGUAUCACGUAUCUUACCUUUUCAGAAGAAUAGCACCCUUCCUUCAAGAGUUCUUCAAUGGAUUCAGAAUGUUGAACCGGAAACUACUCCACUUCCCCUUGCUGUUAUGCAGGAAUGCCUUGUGUUUUACAUCAAGAAGCAGGUGGAUCUUAUAGGCAAGCAAAUAUUGUCAAAGUUGAUACUUGACUGGAGGUUGAUGGAUGAACUUGCAGUGUUGCGUGCCAUAUACUUGCUGGGAUCAGGUGAUCUACUGCUGCACUUUUUGGCCGUGAUUUUCAAUAAGCUGGACAGAGGAGAAACCUGGGAUGACGAGUUCGAUUUAAACACUAUAUUGCAGGAAUCUAUUAGCAACUCUGCCGACGGCAAUUUAUUAAGUGCUCCUGAUUCAUUGGUCGUAUCUAUCACAAGAACUCAGGGUCCUCACGCUGACGAACAGCAUAAUAAUGCCUCUGUCGCAUCUCCCAAGAAGAGUAAUGUGCAAAGAUAUGGAAUUGAUGGCCUUGCUUCACUAAAAUUCACAUACAAGGUAUCCUGGCCUCUCGAGCUUAUUGCCAACACUGAGGCAAUCAAGAAGUAUAACCAGAUUAUGGGGUUCUUGUUGAAGGUCAAGCGUGCAAAGUUUGCUCUUGAUAAAGCUCGGAGAUGGAUGUGGAAGGGUAAGAGAACUGCAUCUUACAGACGUAAGAAUCACUGGUUAGUGGAGCAGAAACUUCUCCAUUUUGUGGACGCCUUUCAUCAAUAUGUGAUGGACAGAGUAUAUCACAGCGCCUGGCGUGAGCUUUGUGAGGGCAUGGCAGCAGCUCGGUCACUUGAUGAAGUAAUGGAAGUACACGAGGCCUACUUGCUGUCUAUUCAACGCCAGUGCUUUGUCGUUCCAGAUAAACUGUGGGCUCUGAUUGCUAGUCGGAUCAACAGCAUCCUCGGAUUGGCUCUGGAUUUCUACUCCAUACAGCAGACUCUGAGCAGUGGAGGAGCAGUCUCAACGAUCAAGGCACGGUGUGAAGUGGAAGUGGAGAGGAUUGAGAAGCAGUUUGACGGAUGCAUCGCUUUCCUCCUGAGAAUCUUGUCUUUUAAACUCAACGUGGGGCACUUCCCUCAUCUGGCCGACUUAGUCACCCGAAUCAAUUACAACUACUACUACAUGUCCGAUAGUGGGAACUUGAAGACCACAUCUGCUGCUGCUGAAACUGUUGCUUCUCGCUCUGUCAAGCCCUUCUCUGGUUGAGCAGAAUGGUGAGGCUCUCUCUAUGUUAUGCCCACUUACCUGCAGUUUCAAAGGAAUUUUGCUGCUCGAGGAGAUAGGUCCAAUCCCGAAAAUGUCGAUGUUGUACUGAUGUAAUUAUAUAUGAAGUGAAUUUUGCAAGGUUCACGGGAAACAUUCAGUACUCGUUAUGUAAAAGCGAUGCAGUCCUCUUAGAAUCAAGUUUUAAUUAUCUUUUUAUUUCAUUUUUUUUGGAUAAAAGAGCAUCUUUCAUUACCACAUUGGAAGUCCAAUAGAUAUAGUGAACUUGUAAUUUACUUAGCUGCAUUGAAAUUUAUUAAUUUUCUUUAGCUUAA